CGCUCUCGAAGCCCCUGUUCUUGCAUAAACCUCAGCCUCUUCCUCAAGAACACCCACCAUCUUCUUGCCGCGAAGCGACCCCGAUCUCCUUCCGCGCCUAAUCUAGCCAUGAGAUCGGCUCUCCCGAAGCGCAUCGGCAGAUCCUCUCUCGACGGCCACCCCCUCUCGCCGGCCCCGGGCCGAGCCCCUCCCGGCGGUGGCGGCGCCGGCGACGCCGCAGCAGUAACCCCCGUCGUGUGCGUCCGCGACCGCGGCCUCGACCACGCCGUCGAGAGAGAGAAGUUCUUGAUACCCGUCGUCAACCUCAAGAACCUCCUCAAGUCGGAGCCCUCGAAGUCGCUCCCCAUUUCCGCCAUCGCCGAGGGCAGAGACGACCUCCGCAUCCCGAUCCGCCCCAUCGACUUCGUCCGCCGGUACCCGUCGGUGUUCGCGGAGUUCUUGCCCGGGAACGUCGGGGUCCACCCCCAUUUCAAGCUCACGGAUGAGGUCUUGGAGCUGGAUGCGGAGGAGCAGCUGGUUUAUCAGAGGGAGAGCUACCGGCAGGAGGCUGCGGAUAGGGUUUUGAAGCUGCUGAUGAUAUCGAAGGUCCUCAAGAUGCCGUUGGACGUGAUUGAUGGGCUGAAAUGGGACAUGGGUUUGCCCCAAGAUUUUGUCCAGAGCAUAGUUCCGGAGUUCCCUGAUUGUUUUCGAGUAGUGGAUGGCGAGGGAGUUCGAGUUCUUGAAUUAGUUUGUUGGAGCAGCGACUUGGCGAAAUCGGUCAUGGAAAAGAGAGCGGUUAAUCAUACGAAAGGUAAGCCAAUCGAGUUCACUAUGCAUCCUUCAAAAGGUUUUGAGAUGGAUAAAAAGCUAAAGAAGUGGAUUGACGAGUGGCAGAGGCUCCCUUACAUUUCCCCUUAUGAAAAUGGGUUGCAUUUAUCGCAAAGUAGCGAGGAAUCUGAUAAAUGGGCCGUUGCCGUCUUACAUGAGCUUCUAAAUCUCUUUAUUUCCAAGAAGACAGAUAGGGAUGAUAUGUUUGGUUUAGGGGAGUAUUUGGGGAUUCGGUCGAGGUUUAAGAGAGCACUGCUUGAUCAUCCGGGCAUAUUUUAUGUUUCGAGUAAGAAUAGAACCCACACUGUGGUUUUGAAAGAGGCAUUUAAAAGGGGUUCCUUAAUUGAGCAGCAUCCUUUGAUGGAUAUGAGGAAUAGAUAUAUUCACCUGAUGAACAAGGUGAAGGAAGAGAAGAAAGUGAUUGCUACCUCUGGUUCUAAGCAAACGAAGAAGGUCUCUGAUGGUUCUGACCAUCAAAGAGAAGUCGAGGAUGAAAAUGGGGAUGAGGAUGAUGCUGAAAGUAUGUCAGGUUCUGAGGUCGAGGAUGGUGAUGAAGAUGAAGAUGACGAUUUUGAAGGUGAUGAAGAAAAUGGCAAUGUUAGACAGACUCGAACUAGAGCUCAUAGAAAUGCCUCACCAAGAGGAAAUGGGAUUAGGGAGUCAAAUUUGUCUCCGAAGUACAAUUCUAGAAGAAGUCGUCCUGGGGACAAGUCAGCUGGAGAAUCGCAUAGUAAGAAAACUAAAAGAGUUUUGGCCAAACUUUCUACAAGGAACAUCUAAAGAUGAUUCCACAGGAGAUCCUGGAAGAGUCAAAUGUUUCUGAAGGCAGUAGCCAGUCAAAAUUUCUAUGAGGAGGACAUAUGUGCAGGUUCCCUUCUCACUUGAGUCUGCCUUCUCAAGUUGUCAUAUGACUAGGAAUUUUCAGCUAUUAGACAAAUUUCUUUGUCGUUUGUUCCACCCAUGGAUGAUUAUGCUUGCUCAUACUCCAUCUAGGCAUAGCCAUUUUGUGGUUUAGGUAGUGGUUGUGCUUCAACAAUGAUAAAUAGAGUAAAAGACAGAAACAGUUAAGACGAGAAAUGGAGUUAUCAUGUAACAUUGUGGAUUUCCAUCGGAGGCACAUGUCAUCAUCUGGUUCUAGCUUCAUUUAUCUGGAAACUAAAGACAUGGAUCACCUUUGUUCUUUGAGAUUCAAUGCAACAUAGUCAGACUCAAGUUCUUUGCUUGUGGAGCUAUCGUUGCCUCCUCUGGCUCUAAGCCUUCUUCCUCUCUCUUCUUCUUCUUCUUCUUCUUCUUCUCAUUGUAUGUCUGCAAGAAAGUUCACAGGUGCUCUUUGGGAGUGCAUCACUAUCUGUCCUAUUUCAGAAUGCACCACUACAAUGCCAAUCUUGGUAAUUUCCCCCCCGGGCCGCGCUGCCUUUAGGUCAAAAGAUGGCAGCAGCCGUGGUGGUGGUUGCAGGUUUGGGCUCUCUCACUUUUUGGCUGAUCCUCCUCCAAGUUCUCCUGAUCAGGUGUAUGUUGGUUUCUUGUUUAGCUUUUAUGAUCUAGGUUUGUGAUGAUUUGAUCUUUGUUUCCUGUCCGUUCUGGUUUAUCUGUUAGAGAAUUAUCUACAGUGUUUUUAAUUUGAAUGUUUGUGUUUUGCUUCGUGAUCAUGGCCAUUCUUGCAUCGCUGUUGUUAAGGUGAGUCCUCCGAGGUUUUGUGUGAAUGGACCAUUUUUGUUAUCUGUGUGCAGAGAUACUCUGAUGAGUGUAUUAUGGUCAUCUCUUUAUGAUUCUAAAACGGCAUCAUUAUGGUC